AUGGUGAUGACUAAGAAUGUGACUGAAUUCAUUCUGCUUGGUUUGACCCAGGAUGUUGAAAAGCAGAAAGUAGUCUUUGGAAUCUUCUUGAUCCUUUACCUUUUGACUCUACUGUGGAACUUUCUCAUUGUGGUGACUAUUAAGACAAGUGUGGCCCUUGGGAGUCCCAUGUACUUCUUCCUGUCCUACCUGUCCUUGGCUGAUGCCUGCUUUUCUACAACUACGGCCCCCAAACUGAUUGUGGAUGCUCUGUCUCAGAAGAAGACUAUUUCCUACAAUGAGUGCAUGACCCAGCUCUUUGCAUCCCAUUUCUUUGGGUGCAUGGAGGUCUUUGUCCUCAUCAUCAUGGCUUUUGAUCACUAUGUGGCCAUUUGUAAGCCUCUGCGAUACACAACCAUCAUGAGCCAACAGGUCUGUAGAAUGUUAGUCAUUCUGGCCUGGGUGGGAUCUUGUAUGCAUUCUUCAGCACAAGUUUUCCUGGCUAUGAAAUUGCCCUUCUGUGGCCCUAAUGUAAUUGAUCACUAUUUCUGUGACUUGCAGCCCUUGAUGCAACUUGCCUGCAUGGACACUUAUGUGAUAAAUUUGCUAGUUGUGUUCAAUAGUGGAGCCAUAAGCAUGGUGAGUUUCUUAAUCUUGAUUAUGUCCUAUAUUGUCAUUUUAUACUCUCUGAGAAACCACAGUGCAGAAGGAAGGCACAAAGCUCUUUCCACCUGCACUACUCACUUCAUUGUGGUUGUUAUAUUUUUUGGUCCAUGCAUAUUCAUGUAUACACGCCCACCAACAACACUUCCACGGGACAAAAUAGUGGCUGUGUUUUACACAAUUGGGACACCCUUGCUUAACCCUCUGAUCUACACACUAAGAAAUGCAGAAGUAAAAAAUGCAAUGAAAAAUUUAUGGUGUAGCAAAUUAUGA